CGCGAACUAGCCCCGGACGGUCGACUUCCGCCGUGGCCGGUUUACGCAACAGACAGAUAACUCGUCCCGGGUCUCACAGGCGUUUCUUCGUGCGAGGAUUCUCAGCGGACAGAAAUGUUGCGCGUCGUAGCGACACGCGUGGCCUCGGCGGCGCGCACCGCGAUGCUGCCGCGGGGACCGGUCGCCGUUGUCGGCGCGCAGUGCACCAGGGCGUCCCACGGCGGCCCCAAGGAGACCGACGAGGAGUUCGAUCAGCGAUACGUCAAUUUCUUCAACCGCAGCGAUAUCGAUCACUGGGAGAUCCGCAAGGCGAUGAACGAUCUGGCCGGUAUGGAUCUCGUGCCAGAACCGACGAUCAUAUGCGCGGCGCUAAGAGCAUGCAGAAGGCUAAAUGACUUUGCGCUGGCUGUCAGGUUCAUAGAGUGCGUGAAAGAGAAAGGUGGGCCACACGCCGGCAAGAUCUAUCCUUACAUUCUUCAGGAAAUCAGGCCCACCUUGGAUGAGCUGGGUAUCAGCACGCCUGAAGAGCUAGGAUACGACAAGCCAGAAUUAGCCUAUGAAUCGGAGUAUCAUAUGUAAUGAACUAAGACCUAUGCUGUGUAAAUUCUAGUAUUUAUAUAUUCUUGGCUGCUGCCUCGGAUGCAAAUGUUGAGAGAAUCAUUUGUCAGUAAAACUGAACUGUACAUGUAUCUGCGUAACCAGCAGCAUUGUUGAAUAAACAAUCACAAUUGUCUUAAU